CCGGAAGUUAUCGCAUUUACGAUGCUUUUUAAUGCAGCACGGUAAUAAACAGCACCACACUCAACAUUAGCAUAGUGCAAACACGCAUUUACCCGUCGGGUCAUGUAUUUCCAGAGCCUGUGGCUUGAUUUGUUUGCUUAAUAUUCAGACACUCACGCGGCGAAAUCAUGGUGUCUUAUAAGCUGAUACACCCAGAAGAUGUGCACCUAACUGAAGGAAAUCGCCUUGACGAUGACGAGGACGAGCUGAUGUCACAGUCAGAAGGAGCCUCUUUGCUUCCCCGUCGUCUGCCGUGCUCGGUCACGACGGCUCUCUUGGUGAUCGGCUGCCUGCUACUUCUCCUCUGUGGAGGUUGGUUGGUGGGCACCAUGUUCUGGCUUCACCGCCCUUCCAACUUGCUGCCGCAUAAACACCCGCCACCAGCCAGCACAAAAGCCAACACCUCCGAGGCUUCCUCUCUCUUCGGCGAGAUUUGCGCUCUAACCCCGGAGACGUGGCGGUUCGACUGUUACCCUGAGAGAGGAGCGGUGGUGACCAGAGAGAUGUGCGAAGCGAGGAACUGUUGUUUCAUCGCCUCCGAAACGCCCCCCUCGGGACGUAAUGGUAUCCCUUGGUGUUUCUAUCCUCCGGAUUUCCCCUCCUACUCGGUGAAGUCGGUGAACGACACCAGCUUGGGGCAAAAAGCAACGCUUGUCAAAGAUGUAAAGACUUACUACCCUGCUGACAUCAUGACUCUGGAGUUGGACGUCCGCUACGAGACGGACACACGGCUACGUGUCAGGAUCACAGACCCUUCAAGUUCUCGCUACGAGGUUCCCAUCUCCAUUCCCACCGUCUCCAAGAAAGCAGAACAUCCCGACUACACCGUGGAGCUUUCUAGGGAUCGGUUUGGUCUUAUCGUGAGGAGGAUCUCAACCGGAGCUGUGCUCCUAAACACCACCGUGGCUCCUCUCUUGUACGCCGAUCAGUUCCUGCAGUUUUCCACCUCUUUGCCUACCGAAUUUAUCUACGGCCUGGGGGAGCACCGCUCUAACUUCCUGCAUGACGUCCAGUGGAACACUCUUACCAUGUGGGCGAGAGAUGUGCCUCCCAUGGAAAAAACAAACCUAUAUGGAGUUCAUCCCUUUUACCUUGCAAUGGAGAAGGAGAAAAAUGCACAUGGAUUCUUUCUUCUUAACAGCAAUGCAAUGGAUGUUGUACUGCAACCUGCCCCAGCCCUCACUUGGCGCACAAUCGGCGGAAUCCUCGACUUUUAUGUCUUCCUUGGUCCCGAGCCUGGAACUGUGAUUGAACAAUAUCUGGACGUCAUAGGUCGUCCAGCGAUGCCGAUCUACUGGGCUUUAGGUUACCACUUAUGUCGCUGGGGUUUUAACUCGAGCAACUCCACUUGGGAGGUGGUCAAGCGCAUGAGAAAUAAUGGGAUACCUCAGGAUGUUCAGUGGAAUGAUAUCGACUACAUGGACCGAGUUCUUGACUUCACUUAUGACCAAACUAACUUUGCCACAUUGCCCGCCAUGGUGAAGGACUUGCACGCUCACGACCAACGCUACGUGAUGGUCAUCGAUGCCGGCAUCAGCAGCGUCCAGACUGAAGGAACCUAUUGGCCGUAUGAUGACGGACUCAAAAGAGGCGUUUUCAUCAAAGACACGGAAGGAAAAACACUGAUUGGCAAGGUAUGGCCAGGGCUGACAGCAUAUCCCGAUUUUUCUGAUAACGUCACUCAUGAGUGGUGGUUUGAGAAUCUGAAAAGGUUCCAUGAUCAGGUGGAAUUUGAUGGAUUGUGGAUUGACAUGAACGAACCAUCAAAUUUCGUAGAUGGGUCGACUAAUGGCUGCCCCUCAAACAAUUUGGAUAAUCCACCAUAUACACCAGGAGUGUUGGGAGGUUUGCUGCGAGCCAAAACGGUGUGCGCGUCAGCACCGCAGAAGCAAUCGACACAUUACAACCUUCACAGCUUAUAUGGACUCAUGGAAGGGGAAGCUUCUGCAAACGCCCUGAGGAGGAUCUUGGGAAAAAGACCUUUUGUGAUCUCUCGCUCCACCUUCCCGAGUCAGGGAAUGUACACUGGCCAUUGGCUGGGAGACAACAGAAGCCAGUGGCAGGACCUUUACACUUCGAUAGCAGGAAUUUUGACUUUUAACCUCCUUGGCAUCCCGUUGGUGGGAGCUGACAUUUGUGGCUUCAGCGAACAGCCGCAGGAGGAGCUGUGUAUUCGCUGGACGCAGUUGGGCGCAUUUUACCCCUUUACUCGCAACCACAACGCCAUUGACAUGAAGCCACAAGACCCAACUGCGUUCAGCCCGCUAGCCAGCACCGCCAUGAAGAAAGCUCUGCUGCUGCGUUAUUCCCUCUUUCCGCUCCUCUACACGCUCUUCCAUCACGCACACGCAAAGGGGCACACUGUAGCUCGACCACUCAUAUUCGAAUUUCCAAAGGACACAAAAACGUACAAGAUUGAUAAGCAGUUCCUCUGGGGGCGGAGUCUCCUGGUGACUCCCGUGUUAGAACCUGCAGUCGACUUUGUGGAAGGCUACUUCCCAGAAGGACUGUGGUAUGACUACUACACGGGCGACGCGAUAAACAGCACGGGUGAAGACAUUCGACUCUCUGCUCCUCUUGAUAAGAUAAACCUGCAUUUGAGAGAAGGCUCCAUUAUCCCGACGCAGACUCCCAAUCUGACCUUAUGGGUUAGUAGCGGGCAGCCACUUCACAUGGUUUCCGCGCUUUCUGAGAACGGUACAGCCUGUGGCGAUUUGUUCUGGGACGACGGAGAGAGCCUGGACACUUACGAGAACAACCAGUAUGCUUACAUCGUCUUCAGCGUGGCUCAGCAAACGAUGACCUCUCAGGUGCUUCACAACCACUUGGAGGCCACCUACAUCACUGUGCAGUCGGCGUCCUUCUACGGUGUGAAGGAGAAGCCCAGCAAGGUGCAGGUUAACUCCAAAGAUGUGACAUUUGCCUACAGGAGCAACAAGGUUUUAACGGUAGAAAAUCUCGGCCUUAAACUCAGCCAGAACUUCACCAUCAGUUGGAACUGAGGCCUGCGCCCAUUAGCUUUGUGUUGUCAUGUACCUGCCGAUGAUCUCCAAGUAAGCCUCAGAGACUGUCACCUCAUAAAUUCAGUCAGAUUUCUUAUGUGUUUUAGUGACUGGACUGAGAAUGGCUUCACCCAAGUACAUUCUAACUUUGGGCAAGGACACUUUUUUUCAUAGUGUGUGCACGUUUUUGGCAAGAGUGUAUUUUUCAAAAUAUAUUUUGAAAUGAUAUUUUGUAUGGUGAGAAGGAAGACUAAAAUUAAUCUAUUUGAGUGCAGUAAAAAGGAUAAAAACCCUCCAGCUGAAUAGCAAGGAUAUAUAGGAUAAAUGCAAAUAUACAUUAUAUUUCAGUAAGCAUUUCUUUGUGGAUAAAUGCACAUAAACCUGUAUAAGUGCAUUCAUGUUCAGUAGGGUCUAGGUUAUGUAUUUAAGGAGGUUGUCCCUGUCACCCCAAAGGCAAGACUUCAUGUGCAAUAACAAGGAGACAACUGUGAAUGCUGCUACUUUUGCACUAAUUUAUGAGAUGGACAAAUGUGCCUUGUGAUUUCUUUUGCAUUUUGUUGUAGAGAUGCUGCUUGCUGGCAGAAUUAUUUUUCAUAAUAUCACCUUGGCCUUUCUUGCAUGUGAAAACUAGUGCCGCAAUAAAGUAUUUGAGUAAGUGAAGGCA